AUGGAGGACGUUGAUGUACAAUUCGAAAAUUCUUUCUGUGAGGUUGUUAGUGAACUUACAGCGUGUUUGAGUGAAGAACCCAAAGAUCUGUUGAGUAAGAAAAUCUCUUGUUGGGUAAGAGAGUGGGUAGGGCGGAGAGAGGAAAUGGGGGCCUCGAGUACAAUAUUCCUUGAACUUGCAGAGGAAGAUCCUCUUGAAUAUAAGAAAUUUAUGAGAAUGAGUGUGAUGCAAUUUAAUCACCUGUUAAGUUUAAUUGAACCAACAAUUUCUAAACGUGAUACUGUAAUGAGGAGCGCAAUUCCUGCCCGUACAAAACUAGAGGUCGCAUUACGUUUUUUAGCUACUGGCGACAGUUACCAAAGUCUAGGACUUAUGUUUCGUUUACCAGCCAACACCAUCUCAUAUUUUAUGCCUUCUGUUCUAAAAGCCAUUAUUUCUGCAUUACAAGAUUAUUUGAAAGUUCCAAACACUGUGGAGGAAUGGAUGAAAAUUCAAAGAAAUUUUGAAGCUAAAUGGAAUUUCCCGCUAUGUGUUGGCGCAAUAGACGGAAAGCAUUUUGCUAUAAAACGAGCGCCUGCUUUUUCAGGCUCAAGUUACUACAACUACAAAAGCUAUUUUUCAAUAGCAAUAUUGGCCAUCGCAGACAGUGAUUAUAAGUUCGUUUACGUAGAUAUUGGCUCAUUGGGUAAAGACGCUGACCCAACAAUAUUUGAAGGCUCGACUUUCGGAAAGGCAUUCCAUCAUGGAACGCUGAACAUUCCCGUUACUGAAAAAAUAUCACCUAGCAUCAACCCCCUUCCCUACGUACUAGUUGGAGAUUAA